AUGUCCCCGCCCAGAUCCCGACAGGGAGGAGGACAGAAGGAGAGAGCCUGGCAUCAUCUUUUUGUCCCUCUUACGGCAGCCAGGGUCCCCUCCCCUGUCUGGGAAUGCGAGGCCAGGGCACGGGGGCAAAUUUGGCCUGCUUUUGGGAAGACCGACAAACCCAGCCCUGGCCCCGAGCCUCUCUCCCGAGUCAAACGGACAGAAAGACAGCUGACAGGUACAGGGGACGAGGACGCUGGCUCUGACCAGGAGUUUGGGGGAGACUCGGGACACUGCUGUGCUUUGGAGACCCCCUCCGCGCGCAUCUUGCCCCCUCCCAGGGGCACUGCCUGGAAGACUCAGGAGCCUGGGCAGCCUUCACCUCCUCUCACCCGCUUCCGAGAUGCCCAGGAGGCCACCGACAUGUCUCAGCGAAGAGAAGAGACGUUGGUGGAGGAAGGGCCACCCCAGUGA